AUGUCUAAUACAACUGAUGAAAAACAAGAAACUAGUAAUAAUAAACCUGAUUAUUUACUUGUAUAUAUUCAAGUAAAUAAAUAUAAGAAAAAUGCUUUUUUGAGAUUUAAUGAUAAUGAUCAAGAAAAUUUUUUGAAUUUAUUAAAUGAAUAUAGUAAAAAUCUUAUUGAUGUUUAUAAAGAUGAAUUUCCUUUAGAAGGAUCUGAAGAAUAUAAUUCAAAUAAAUCUUAUUUUGAUAAAAAACAAAGAUUUGUUAAAAUAGAAACAGAAAAUCAAGUUUUAAAAGAAGAGCUUAAACAACAAAAAGAACUUUUAGAACAAAUUAAUAAUAUGAAGAUUCAAAAAAAGGAUACUUCUUAUUUGAGUGUUGAAAAAAUAAAUGAUUUUAUUGAAAAAAAUUUUGAUUUUAAUGUUUUAAACAAAGUGAUACGUGGUCAUAAAUUUGAAUUGCAAAUGGUACAAUUUUUAAAAGAUAUUGAAGGUGAUGGAACUAUUAGACAAACACCUGAUAGAGGAAUUGAUAUUGAUGGUACAUUUGAAAAUGUACAGUUUGUAAUGCAAUUAAAAUAUCAUAUAGAUACUAAAAAUCAUCCUGUAACUGUUAAUGAAAUUUACAAAUUGUAUGAUUCAUAUAAUAUACAUCAUAAUAAUAAUAGUAAUUAUGUUGAAGCUAAAUAUUGUAAUGGUAAAAUUUAUUUAAUUAUACAUAAAGAUUUAUAUGAUUUAUUGAUUAAAUUAAAUGAUAAAUCUAUUAAGAAUAUUAAUGGUAAUAAUAGUAUAACAUUUGAAAAUAUUGAUAUUACUAAUUUUUCUUUAAAUUAUUCUGAUAUUAGAAUUAGUUGUGAUCAUGUAAAUAAUCCAAAAAUUUAUAUUUACAAACUUAAUAAUGAAUAUAUUACUUGUGAAAAAACUUCUAAAAAAAAUGAAGAUGUAAUUAGUAAUAAAUUGAAUCAAGAGUUUUCUUUUAAUUCUAGAUUUGAUGAUAUUCAACCUAUUUAUGAUAGAUUUAAAUUAUAUGGAUAUUUUUUAAAUGAACUUGAGUUUAAUAUUUUGAAUAAAAGAAAAAUGGAUAAAUUAAAUAAAAUAGAAUUAGAUGAAAUUAUUAGUAAUUUUAAAUUGCCAAUUAUAAAUACUAUUCAAACAAAAAUUACCAAUUUAUUAUUAGUAAAGAAUCAAAAAUAUUAUAAGAAUAUAUAUAAUAGUAAAAAAAGAAAAUUUGAACAUGAAAUAAAAUUAUUUGAACAUACUAGAAAUAAAAUACUUAAAGAAAUUAAUAGUAAAAAUCCACAUAUGACUAUUAAUGUAGUAGAAAAAAUUGAAAUUACAAAACGAACAAGUCCAUUUAUUUUUGGAAUU